UUCUUUUUUCCAAGAUUUUCUUUGAUCUUCCUACAACCCUUUCCAUGUUUUUCUAAGUAAAUGUUGUUGUUGGAGAUACUCAUGGGGCAGGCCGUGACAUGCUCAAGUGUCCCAUGGCAAGCUUCUUUUUUUUCCAAGGAAAACAUGAGAUCCAUUAUCAGUCCUAAAUGAAACUGUAGUAGGUUUACAUCAUCCACACCAAGAUUCUGCUGAGGAAUAUUAACUGCAACAACCCUUUUAUGAAUGAUUGAUGGAGGAUGAGCGAAUGGUAGUCAUCGUACAGUGAUCAUUUCUACUAAAACAUCAAUUACUCUUGACAGCAAUGAAUUCCUCCCUCGGCCACUGUCCCCUUCUGCAGAGAAUGAUCUCUCGCACCCUGAACAAUGACACUCGAGUGAACCUGGCGGUGGUGAGUGUGCAUGGUGUGGUGUCCGCUCUGGGGAUUCUGGAAAACGGACUGGUGCUGUGGGUGCUUGGUUGCCGUCUUCGUCACAAGACAGUUGCAGCUGUGUGGGUUCUCAAUCUGGCGCUGUCAGACUUCCUAACCACACUAACCUUGCCGCUUUUCACUCAUUACCUACUGAAGAACCACAGCUGGAAUUUGGGCGGAACAUUGUGUGUGGCCCAGGCCUCAAUCUUUUUCAUCAACAUGUUUGUUUCUGCCUUCCUGCUAGCUGUGAUAUCGUUGGACCGUUGUUUGUUGGUGACUAAGCCGGUGUGGACUCAGAACCGUCGCACUGUGUCGGCAGCAUGGAAGAUCUGCGGCCUAGGAUGGGUGUUGGCGGCGGUUAACACGAUUCCUUAUUUCAUGUUCCGUUCUGUCGUGCAUAAGCAGGAUGGCCGCAAACUUUGCUAUCAUGAUUUUGCACUCUAUUCCUCCCAGAGCACACUGCAUACAGACUGUAAGGUGCGUCAGGUAGCGACAGCAGUGUCUAAAGUGUUGCUGGCAUUUGUCGUGCCGCUGGUGGUCAUUGCCGCCAGUUACGCUUGCUUUGUUUUAGAGCUGCGGGCUCGCAGGAAGAGGCUCAAGAGUAGAAGGCAGGGUGUGAGCAAUGGCAAACAAAGAUCCUCAAAAUUCUUCCGCAGCCCAUCUUCACCAGGCGGACAAAAAAGCACUCAACUCUCGCAAAGUUUCACAAAAAUGGUCGCCUCUGUGAUCACAACUUUUAUUCUCUGCUGGCUGCCCUACCAUGUUUUCUGCUUGCUGGAGGUGAUGGCUCAGUACAAGACAGAGAUUUCAGAUCUGGUGGAGGUAUCCUUACCUAUCGCAACAACAUUUACUUUCCUGAACUCUGUGUUGAAUCCGAUUAUCUACACAUUUAGCUGUCCAAACUUCUGCACUCGAAUCCGCCAAAGUCUAGGGGUGCUUUUUGAGGGGCUGGUGGAGGAAGUUGUGCCAUUAGUGCUGGUUACUGGAAGAAUGAGGAAAAAAGAUCUAUCGUCUUCCACUUCACUCAGCUCUCCAACCCCUCCCAGAGUUCGCCGCAUCCAGCAUGACUCCCAGGGCUCCAUCAACCUCCUCGGCUUUAAAAGCCGUCCCACAAAUGAGAUAGAAAGAGAUGACAAAAUGUAACUUCAUCAUGUGAAAUAACAUUACCUGGUACUGAUGCCUGAUGUUUCUGUGUGGACUAAAGUCUACCAACUAGAGGUUACAAUCAUGGGAUGGCCUUAUAAGCCUUUAUCUUUUUCUGUGUCUCUUUCCUGGUUUGAUUUAAACCAUAGUCAUACUGGAUUACCUCUGAGGUUGUUGUGAUUUUGAGAAUAUUAAAGAGAGUAUGUCCUUGCCACUGGUGAAAACAAAUGAACUUAAAACAAAAAUCCCUCAAUCACAGACAACAAAACAUGGUCCAUAUUCCUGUCUCUGUUCUCUCACAUUGCUCAGAUUACUGACUAUA